AUGCUUAGCUUUGGCGCCGCAGCACUCUCGGCGUUCGUUCUUGGCGCCGGCCUCGUCCAAGCAGACGGCCCCGUUCACACACCCCGCGUUCUCGUCUUCACCGGUACCACGGGAUUCCGUCACGACUCGAUCCCCACUGCUAUCGAGGUGCUUGGACAGAACGCGGAUCGCUUUGGCAUUGCGUUCAACUUUACAGAGGACAAGGGUGCUUUCAACGACGGGUACCUCUCGCUCUUCGACAUCCUCGAUCAGGCUGGCCAGGAUGCCUUCCACCGCUACAUUCAGAACGGUGGCCACUACAUGGGCGUCCACUGCGCCGCUACGGCCCUGACCAACUCGACCAUGUUCCGCCAGACCCAGGGCGGCAUCUUCGACUACCACCCGUCGUUUCAAAACGCGACCUUCCUCCGCCUCGAUGACAACCACCCGUCGACGGUCAACCUCCCCGACCAGUGGCGCUACCCCGAGGAGGUCUACUACUUCAACAACGACCCCCGCAACGAGAAGGCUGUUGUUUACCUGACCGUCAACCAGUCGUCGUACAACAACGACGGUGGCGACGGUGGACCCAACCAGGGCAACCCUCACCCUAUUGCCUGGGGUAUCGAGUCCCCCUGGUCGGCUGUGCCUCUCAGCCCGGGCGCUGCCGGUGCUGGUCGUACCUUCUACACUGGCCUUGGUCACGCCAACGAGACGUGGCACGACGAGAUCUUCAUCGGACACAUCUUUGGCGGCCUCUCUUGGGUCCUUGACGGCGCGACCACCAAGGCCUACGGUGUCGGUCUUGUCGGCAGCACCGACCUUCCCCCCAAGCCCAAGCCAGUUCCCGUUGCCGCCCCCGACGUCAACGCGACCAACGCCCCCGCUGCUCCUUCGGUCAGCACCAGCCCCUCGGCGUCGGCCAAGCCAAGUGGCUCGUCUCUGUCGACGCCUCUUGCGUCCGCUCUCGUCCUCGGAGCGGCCCUCGUCGGUGCCCUCGCCUGCGCUCUCUAA